AUGUCCGCCAAGAACAUCCUGUUGAUGGUCGCCGAUGAUCUCGGCAAGCAGCUCGGUUGCUAUGGGACAUCAACUAUCAAAACACCCAAUAUUGACCGUCUGGCUGGAGAAAGCACACAGUUCGAGUAUGCAUUUGCAAGUACUGCCUCCUGCAGUGGCAGUCGAUCCGUGAUAUACACCGGUCUCCAUACCCACCAGAACGGACAGUACGGACUUGCCAGUCAUCGCCACCACUUCGUCACGUUUGACCACGUCGAGACUGCACCAAAACUAUUGAAGCAAGCUGGAUACCGGACAGGAAUUCUUGGGAAGAUUCACGUUGGACCCGCGGCCGUCUAUCCCUGGGAGGUCACCAGGGAGAGCGAAACACGAGACGUUGCUGUGAUUUCCGAUCAGGCCAAGAAGUUCUUCCUCGAGUCUAAACAAGAUGGAAGACCCUUCUUCUUGACCAUUGGAUUCCAUGAUCCUCAUCGCGAUCGUACGAGAGGUGGAUUUGGCAAUGAUCAAGAAUAUGACCCCAGAAUCCAAAAGGGCUCCUACAAGGCCGACUCUGUCGAGGUUCCUCCUUUUAUCAACGACUCCCCGGGUGCCCGAUUCGAGUUGGCUGAGUAUUAUAACUCAAUUCAUCGCCUUGACCAGGGUAUCGGAUUUGUUUUGAAUGCCCUUGAAGGGGCGGGUCUAGCAGAAUCAACCCUAGUCAUUUUCAUCAGCGACAAUGGCCCGCCGUUCAUCAACUCCAAAACAACUCUCUUCGAUGCAGGUGUGAGACUACCUCUCAUAAUCAAGCACCCGGAAAUCUGGCCCGUGAAUAACUCGGAUAUGGUAUCAUACGUUGAUAUCCUCCCAACUUUACUUGACUAUGUUGGGCAUCCAGGCGCAGUAGAUCCAGCGAAAAAACGUCUUGGGCGCUCAUUACUUCCCAUCCUCGGAACUGACGGAAAGGCGUCAGAGCGCAACCAAGUCUUUGGCUCGCAUACUUUCCACGAAGUGACCAACUAUUGGCCAACGCGAUUCAUCCGGGAUCGACGCUACAAGUACCACCGAAAUCUCGCGUGGCGCCUUGACUUCCCCUUCGCGGCCGAUAUUUAUGGGUCCCUCUCCUGGGAGGAUAUUCGCAAUUCCCCAGAUAGUGAGAUCAUGAUUGGGCAACGAAAGCUCAAGGACUACUUCUUCCGUGCACCUGAAGAGCUGUAUGAUUUGGAGAAUGAUCCCAAUGAGGUCGUCAAUCUUGUCAAGAAUCCCACUCAUGCCACAGUACUGGAUGACCUCAGGGCGCAACUGGAGACAUGGCAGCGACGGACCGAGGAUCCUUGGCUGUACCGAGAUGGCGUAUCAACCUGGUUUGUCCGAUACCAUGCCCAGUCUGGUCUGCGAAUCCCAGAUCGGUUAGACUUCGACGCGGAACGGCCCGGAAACCAGGACCAGAAAGCGGUUGGCAACUUGGCCUGGGGUAGCGAUGUGGAACUAGCGACUAGUUCAACUGAAUAG